AGAUUGUCCUGCAACAACUUCCAGUAAUGCUGAUACUGCUCGGUGAUGGAAUAGAUUCCUGGACCACGAUCAAUCGGCGAAGCUUCGAACGAGGUCAUUAUUCGGAUGACCCGAAGCUUGGGAGGAGGAUGAUGGAAGCACUAAUAAGGCAUCAGAAAGUCUACUACUGCACCCAGCUCAAAGAUGGUCACCGCCUAGGGGUCGUCAAAUGCCCGGAAAAGGUUACCAAAAAGACGGAAGUCAAAGAAUGGUUGGAAUGGUUUGCUAACCUGCUGGAAGGAUGGACAGGUGGCAAAUUACGAAUCAUCUACAGUCCUUCUGAAAAAUACGACAGCAUAGUGAAGACGGCGACAAUAGCCGCCGGUAUAGACGGGAUCCUGGUAAACCCAGAUGUCCGAGGAACACCCCGUUAUGCCGAGUGUAAUGAGGUCCUGCAGAGACUCGCAGCUUACAGAGCAGAUCAAGAGAAAAAACGGGAGUUGGACCUGGAGGAGUCGGACAUGUCUGAACCUCCUACCCAGAGGGCCAGCCGUGACCCGUCGCCGCUAAGGAAGCCAACAUCAGAGGACCUAAUAGACCUCACAAAAGAUGACGAUGAAGAAGACCAAGAACAACCGGGCCCUUCAAGGAACCGACAAGGACCCUCCAAGCUGUCGAGACAAGGGGUCGAGGGUAGGACGUUUGCCUUCGACUUCGAUGAAGGACAGUGGGCGGAGGCAGCGAAAGAAUGGUCUCCACGACGAGACUGGAGGGGUGAGUUCCAGCCACAAGCAUACAGCAUGGAGAGGAAGCCAGCGGCUCCCCUACGACAACGGUCUGGAAGCAGUUCAGAUGACGAGAGGGGCGAUACAGACGAAGAGAGAGGAACAACCGACAGCCCCAGGAAAAAGCCUCAGAAAUCAAGCGCCCGGAAAAUGCCCCGAGAACUAGCCCCAUUGCCCAAGGAAAUCAUCAGCAUCAAGAUGCAGACUGGGCUCCAAGUACAUCGCUACAUCGGAGAGCCGUGGGACAUCGAAGGUGACGGACUGAUCGCGUUCACCAACGAUAAGUACAAGAUCCACAACCGACAGUUCAGAGUGGACCUCAAACACCGAGCGGGGGAAGACUACCAAAGAGACCAACGCCUUCUGAGAACUACAGGCAGCGCUGCAACCAAGGGGGAAGUGGUCGUGAUAAAUGGCUACAACCUGAACUACGGUGUAGUGGUCUUGGUCCCAAUCGAUGCAUACAAGAAAGGGGACAACCUCGAGGAUUACAGGAAAAAGAUUUGGCACGGAUUAUACCGAGGGCUCACAGCUGCGAGCAACGAAGGGAUGAGAAGAGUAGUGGUGAGUGUGCAAGGACUGAGAUCCCCGGAAUUGAGAGGGAAUACCGCUCAAUCAGUCGCUGAAAAAGGGGUGGUGUCGAUAGCCAAGACCAACAGUCACCUCCUGGGACUCAACGAAGUGGUGCUAGUGGUUGAUCCCCGCUUGCAUCAACUUCAGACCGAACAAGGUGUGAGGGCGGCAGCUGAAAUAGAGGAACAGUACCACGCUGAACGCUCACCUCCAGAAACCAAUAUUCACCCCCUGGGAAUCCAGGGGAGCGACCCCCCGAACGGCGGUCAAACUGGCCGGGCCAAGAUGGUCAAGCCAAUCAAAAUAAAAUUGAAGACGUCAUCGAUCGAGCCGGAGGGCCAAGCACCAGAGUACGUUAGGAGGCUCAUAAUUGAGUCAGACAACCACAGACAGAGAAAGCAUGAUGGGGACCAGCAGGAGAAGGAGCCUCAAGUGGGGGCAGGGGAUGGACUUAUGAGGCCAGCCAAGAUGCAGCCGCUGAACACCCUCAAGGAAGAGCCCAUAAGACAGCCACAAUACAGCGACAUCAGUGAAUGAGGUGUCGG